CGGAUACUUUGAACCUGUUAAAUCAACAACAGAACUCUGGGGAGAAAUCAGAAUGACCUUGCCCAAUCGUCGUGAACAGUGGCCAAGGUCAAUGGACGACGUUGUAGCACGCAUGGACUCGACUAGCGCCGCACCAGGCGAGAAGCGAGCUGGCGUGGGCUGGUGAUCCCCACCCACCCUCCCAGGACACAGCACAGCGCCACCUGGAGGCGGCUGCGGACGCAUUUUGACACGGUACUGACCAGUGGUCAGAUAACCAGGUAAAGAACUUUCACCAAUCGUGUGUGCACACACCCUUACCGAGUUGUCGCGGAGAUGGCAGUGCAUUCUGGGGCAGGUUGAAGAAUGCAAAAACAAGAGGUGUGAGUGAGAGUGAGGCCUUUUUUUCAGAGACCGACUCUUCCUUCGCUGGUAGAUUCCGUAAUUCCAAAUCUGCAUGAUCGAUCGAAUGCCGCCAAUCUAAUUUUGGUGAGAAAAAAAAUUGUUUACGAAGUUGAGGUAAAACUGCACUGUAAUGAGCUCCGUAUUGUAAGGUGCUUCACCUAUGUAAGAGUUUAAGCGGUGAGUGAACAAAACCAUACAGUCUCUGUUUCCACAUUUUCUGAAAAGUUAUUGUGUGCAAGGGUUAAUGCAAAAUCCUAUUUCUGACUAGAUGUUUUCACUAUUUAUAAGCCAUUGAUUUCAUCCUUUCCGCAUGCAAAAACCUUCCAGUUUCUACUUUUUUCUCGUGUGAAGCCUUGGCACAGACCAUUAUACGACUCUAGACAGCCGUAUUGACUGAAGAGGGGGGACGUAUAGGGGAAAGAAAACGUUGCUGAUUCCAGCCUUGUUCUCACUGAGGCUGUUUUCCCUGCCUCCUUCAGCUGCCCGUCCUGCCGGCAUCCCAUACCCUCUCUGUCAGCUCUCGCCGUCACUUCAGACCUUCGCAUUACCCUCGUCUCCUCCUCAAAAACUCCCAAAUCCCAUCUCUCCACAAAAAUCUCCAAUUCCCCUCUCUCAUCCAAUACCUCCAAAUCCCCUCCUCUCUCUCCCUCAUUUCACCUGUUGUUCUUCUUUUCCAUUUUCCACGGGCUUCCCCCCCUCAUCCAACUCAUCAAAAUUGUUUUCCGGGAGGAGCCAGAUUUGUUCUCCUCUAAAGGAAACAUCACGCCGGGUGGAGUGAUGGCGUCGGUGGCAGCGUGGUUGCCCUUUGCCCGGGCCUCAGCCAUCGGAUGGGUUCCAAUCUCGCAAAACCCUCUACCCACCCCGAGCGUUCGGCCAGAGUGUCGACGAGGGGAUGAAAAGCUCAAGAUCAACGUGAGCGGUAGGAGGUUCGAAACCUGGCGUACAACCCUGGAGAAGUUCCCAGACUCCCUUCUUGGCUCGAACGAGAGGGAGUUCUUUUACGAUGAGGAGCUCAAAGAGUACUUCUUCGACCGUGAUCCGGAUAUCUUUCGCCACAUUCUCAACUACUACCGCACCUCCCGUCUUCAUUACCCCAAACACGAGUGUAUCAGCGCCUACGAUGAGGAACUCGCCUUCUUCGGCAUACUCCCGGACAUCAUUGGAGACUGCUGCUACGAGGACUAUCGCGACAGGAAACGUGAGAAUAGCGAGAGGCUUAUCGACGAUGAAAAAAGCGACAACGGCGAUUUCGACCCUGCCGUAUCCCUCCGCGAAAAGAUGUGGCGCGCAUUCGAGAAUCCGCAUAUAGGCACGGUGGCUCUAGUCUUCUAUUACGUCACAGGUUUCUUCAUCGCCGUAUCCGUUAUCGCCAACGUCGUAGAAACGGUACCUUGUGGAAAAAUCCCUGGCGCCUUGGAAGAGUUGAGCUGCGGAGAGCGACAUCAACCGGCGUUCUUCUGUCUGGAUACUGCUUGCGUCAUGAUCUUCACGGCUGAGUAUCUCCUUCGGCUUUAUGCGGCGCCAGACCGGUGCAAGUUCGUGCGGUCUGUCAUGAGCAUCAUCGAUGUGGUUGCCAUCAUACCUUACUACAUUGGGCUCGGAAUCUCAGACAACGAUGACGUCAGCGGAGCGUUCGUUACCCUUCGUGUGUUCCGCGUCUUCAGAAUCUUCAAGUUCUCUCGCCACUCACAGGGGCUGCGAAUCCUUGGCUACACGCUCAAGUCCUGUGCCAGUGAGCUGGGGUUCCUUCUCUUCUCUUUAACUAUGGCAAUCAUCAUCUUCGCGACCAUCAUGUUUUACGCAGAGAAAAACAUGACGGGCACAACUUUCACCAGCAUUCCCGCCGCCUUCUGGUACACCAUCGUUACCAUGACAACCUUAGGGUACGGCGAUAUGACCCCAGACACCAUCACAGGCAAGAUUGUGGGCGGUGUGUGCUCACUGAGUGGUGUGCUGGUCAUCGCGCUGCCAGUUCCGGUCAUCGUGAGCAAUUUCAGCCGGAUCUACCAUCAGAACCAGAGGGCGGACAAGAGGAAGGCGCAGAAGAAAGCGCGAGAGGCCCGCAUCAACAUGGCUAAGAACGCCAGCAGCGCAGGAUUUAUCAGCGCCAAGAAGAGAGCGGAGGAGAUGAUGAUGGCGAGGGAUGCGGGCAUGGACGUUGACGAGAACCACAAGGGGGACAUCUUUGAGAUGCAGCAUCAUCACCUGCUCACUUGCUUAGAGAAAACCACGGACCGUGAGUUUGUGGAGAUGGACAUGACCUUCAACGGAGCGCCCAACAACCCCUCGGAGACCCCGCCCCCUUCCCCUGACCCAUCCCUGGGGUCAAACCGGCGGAAGUCCAGCUGCUGCGCGCGCAGCUUCUCACCCAACCGGAAGCUCAUGUCCAAUAAACCAAAGCGCUCACUUCCGACCCACCACAGCAUUGAACGCCAGGAGCUAAACGAUGUGCGCAUGCGCACUUCACCGGGUUCUCACCAUGACUCACGCUCCAGUGACGUCAACAUCCUGGACGUGCAAGGCUUUUCCAACGCAGGCCACACGCGCAGCAGUAGCUGUGGAGGCAGCGGGGGGAACAACGGGCUUGGGAACAACAAAGCUAACAGCACGCAAAACAUUCACAACCUCAACUCCCAGCCCAACAUCGCCGCCCUGGAUACCUCCCGCCUCAUCAACUCGGGCGGGAUAGCAUCAGCCUCGGGCGGCCAGCACAGCAGCCAGCCCAACAUUGGCUCUCUCGGGAAACCGCUGUCAAGUAGUCAGCAGAAUAUCACUACAGCGCUUGUUUCUUCGAAUCCCAUGUCCGCUGGAAGUACGCACUCCGUACCGGAGGCUAUGCCGACUACCGCCCCCAAUACUGCGCAUGGCAACUCCACGCCUUCCUCUUCCUCGUCCAACAAAGGCGACGUGGUCCGAAUAUCCACGUUAUAACGCUGAGCCCUCUUGUCGUUCUGGCCGCUUGUCUGUCGUCAUGGUGAUGCCCCCACACGCAGCGGCGACGUACAGCGGUCCGUGUCCCAAUCUGAUUACGUUUCCCUCGAGUGUACAUAUAAGCCAGCAUGGCGGCACGUAACCAUCUCUUUGAAAGUGCAUUUCCACGUAGAUUAUGCCACUACCCCAUCAUAUGAGCGUCUCCUUGACGACGCCUCAACCGUCUCACAGAUGUGUGGACUCGGGAAGUUUUGUCACCGUCUCGCGGAAGUGCAUCUUUGCAAAAAGAAAAUCCUGUCCGCGUCUUGUGGAGUCACAAGGACUUACAUCCCCUUGCAGAUUUUAUCUUCGCAUGUGCAACCUUUACUCAAACGACUUGAUCAGCUCUGAGAUAGUUGUUUUCUUUUUAUUUUGUCCAUUUUGAAAAAAAAAUCAUAUACAUUCAUAAUAUUAUUAUGUCUGCUAGCUCUUGGAUUACAGCGAAGCAAUUUUUGUGCCGACGACAGAAGAGGUGUCAUGAGUCUGAGUCAAAAUGUGUUUAUCGCCCCGUGGUCUGCAGGUGUGCACUAAAACAGAGUGCAUACGAGUAGUGUGUGCGUGUGCGUGUAUGUUGUGUGUCUGAUUUCUUUUCGGAUUUAUACCGUUUCUUUUUUUUUUCAUUCGAAAAUACUCAACCCCGGACUGACGUGUUCGCUCACUCGCCAUGUGCAUCUUGAAAAACAACUCCUGUGACUUCCACUGAAGACUUCUGUGCUCGUCUAUAGAAAGGGAGAAAGAAGAGAGAGAAAAAUGAAAAAGCGUUUGUCUGAACGCCUUUUAAGUUCAUAAAAAAA